UUAUGUUUUUUUUGGUUAUGGUAUAUUAUGAAAGUAAUGUGGUAUUAUGGUAACUUUAACAUUUAAAUUAAUUUGUCUUUUCUUGUAACAUGUUGUGAAUUGUCAUCAUGUUAGAACCAGAGAAAACGGAACGUAGAACUGGAUUUUGCUUUAGCAUACUUACAACACAUAUGUAUUAAAUGUUUAGUUGAUGGAAUUCUCUAUUUUCUUCUUUGGCUUCGUUAUUUUUCUGGUGCUUUUCGAGAAAGUGUACAUAAUUCCUGUGUCUCCCUGAACUGGUUAUACUUCUCUUUCCUCCUUCGGCACAAAAGAUAUAAUUACAAUUACUUACUCAAGAUUGCAACUACCUCCUUCCUAUUAGUGCACCAUCUUUUUCAUCAUGAUUGGAGGGAUCAGUUCAACUGCUCUGUUUAGCCCAGACAGGAAGUCUAUGGCUAAACUCUCCGGUCACUUUCGUAACACGCAGUGGGAUCCUCUGCUUAUUUCAGUGCAGAUAAUAGCUAUCCAAAGUUUGUAUUAUUUCAUGCUGGGAUUAUGGCUGUCGAUUUUGAGUUUUCUCCUAGGUACACCAAAAACCCUGGACCAUCUUUUUCGAUAUCAGGAAAUGCAUGUCCGAGACUUUUCCGGUAAAAUGAUUGUGAUUGCUUUUGUUUUGAAUGCUCUCUCUGGAGCUUGCAGCUUAUGGUUUGUAGUACAAAGAACGAAACUGUGUCUGGAUUUCACAGUGACAACGCACUUCAUUCAUCUAUUGGCUUGCUGGUACUACAACGGACAUUUUCCAUUCGCCUUUUCAUGGUGGGUCCUAAAUAUUGCUUGUACAGCAAUCAUGUGCGUUUGUGCAGAGUUUCUUUGUUUGAGAACGCAACUGAAAGAAAUACCAUUGAACGUCGGUCAGAAAGUUGAUUUAUGAGGAUAGUGAGCCCGUUUCACUCUCUAGAGGAGUUAAGCGGGGAAGAAUCAAGUCUGCAAGAAGACUGAAAAAGGAUUCUGUAUUUUAUCGCGAGCUGUGAUCUCUCCUGGCGGAGAAUACUAUGUAAGUUUUUGCUUUUACUGUACUUGUAUAAUACUUUUCAUGUAUGGUAGGAUAAGUAGAAAAAAAUCAAAAAGGGUGGAAUUUCAUAUCAACUAGUCUUAAUUUUGCUGAAAGUGUAACAAUAUUUCUAAGAGGAUCAAUUCUUUUAUUUGCAUCUAAAAUCAAUUUUGUUCUUUGUUUCUGAUUUGGAAAACAGUAGUAUUCACAUAUCAAUAAUUAAACUGCAAACAUGCAUAUUUUUUUCUGGUGUUUCAUGAUUUACACUGAUUUUUCUUUCCUCUAUCUUAAAAAAAAUAAACCAACAUCAUGGUUCGAAAUUUCAACAGAACAUUAUCCACACCAAGAAUCAUGGAAGUUUUCAAAAUAUGACGUGAAAUAGUCUUUCGUUAAAAAAAUAAAGUAUGACAGGAAAUUUAGAACUAAAAUAUGCUCUCUUGCAGUUUCACUGUUGAUAUAAAAGUUUAAAAGUUUUGGAGGUCUCAGCAAUUUAAAGCCUUCGACUGAUUUUUUUUGAUCAAUGAUCGAAAUUCCCAUGCUUAGCUUCUUCAUGUGAAAGUCACCAUUUCAGACGAAAAAUGAAGAGAAUUAUGAAAAAUACUCCUAAGAAAAUUUAGAUCAGUAAUCAAGUUGACUUCAAUUUUUACGGAAAAUUUCUUUUAAAAUAUCGCCCAAAUCAAAUAUUUCUCUGCUAAACCAAGGUACAUAAGGUACUUUAUAAUGUGAUUUCCUUGUGUGAAAAAUGAUUUUCUAUCAGGUUUAUAAGGAACUUGUAUUGUAAUCUUACUUUAAACAAGCUGAUUUUGAAUUCUAGCAAGCUCCCGAUUAUCUUGAAUUGUAAUAAACCCACUUUUAAUUAAGUGAAACAACAUCAAGUAAACAGGAUGCUAGUUUCCAGGAGGUUUCUCAUCCAAAGCCGACUCAUUUACAGCCCUUACACGUCUGACUUGAAUUUACACCUUUUUCUGACUAUUUUGAUAAUUCAACCCCUCUGCAAAACAAUAUUUUGAUUGGUCUCAUCACAACAUCAAUUAAGGAAUUCAAUUCAUGUGACCUUAAUCCACCAUUCUGUCACAUUGACCUGCAAUUGUCCAUGUGUUAUAUUUUUUAUUAUUUGUUUUUAUUUACCUCCCUUAAGGUUGAUGUUGGCGAAUCUCUUUCAGUUUAAAACUGACCUAUCUCUGGAAUUUUCAGUCUUCUUUAUCUCCAAGGCAAAAAACGCAAACAAUUAUGCCACCAACUGUCAGUCUGGCUAUGGUGGCUUAAGAAUACAGAGCAAAAAUAUUUUCGUAUCAUUGAAAACCAUUAGCUCAGUUCAGUUUUGUUUAUUCUGCACACUUUUCCACUCAAAGUUGGGUGGUCUUUGAACCGGAUUCAUUGCACUGUUGUAAAGUCUCACUGAACUACUUAUUUCAGUACUCAAUCAUGAGUGUUAGUUUUGUACUGAAAAUUUCAGGGAUUUUUUGUUGAUUUUUUCAAUGAAUUUUUCAAAUUCUUGAAGACAAAUGAGUAAUUGUCAAAGAAAACUUUCCUGGUUGUAUUGCGAUAAGGUCCCUCUGGCUAACCUCUUUGCGUAACCUGAGGUCAAGAAAUGGUGAUAAAACUGGGUGAAAGUGAGGCAUAUUUAUUUUGUGUCAAAAGGAAAAACAUCCAUAGAGGGAUGCAACACCCUCUUCACUAUUCAGGGUUGCAAUUGUAAGGGAAUACUGGGAAAUGUCAGGGAAUUUUAAAAAGUCAGGGAUAACCUGGAAUUGUCAGGGAAAGUAAAGAAAAUGUCAGAUAAAAAUCGUAAAGUCACUUUUAUUUGCUUCCUCGAGUAGGUUUUGAACCACAAAUUUUGCCCUUAAACUAUUUCUAACUAUGGUGAAAGCUCGCUAAGUCAAAUUGUGUAGGGACUGACAAAAAAUUCGACUUGAGCGGAAAUUUGUCCUAACGGUUUCUCUACUUAACUUUAGAUGUGUCUAGGGACCAACAAAAAAUUCAACUUAAUCGGCAUUUCGUCUUAAGCAUAGUUCGACUCAGUGAGCUUUUACUGGAUGUCUUUUUAACAAUCUGGCAUUUAUUCAAUUGACAGGGAAUUUCACCAAAAUGUGUCAGGAAAAUCAGGCAAUUUAAUGUCAGAAAAUUUAAUUUUCCAAAUUUUGUGGCAACCCUGCCAUCGUUUUUUUUUUAAUACUGCCGCCCGGUUUUGUUUGUUGAUAAGAGAUUCACAUCAACGUUGUCGCAUUUGGCCGAGUUCUGCCCGCAUUCCUCGCAACGUAUGUACGGAUACGGAUUUUUCCUUGUAGGUUGACUGUCAGCAACACCGCAACGCCGAACCUCAAUGAGGCGUAGACCCGUGAUCAUCAGAAAUUGACAAGAUAGUAUCUAGCCGCCACCCCCCCCCACCCCUGCAUCUUGAUCGAUGGAUGAUAAAAUAUGAUAUUUGUCAGAAUCAGAAGAGAUGACCAUGUGGGGGAAAUAUCGUUCUUUUGGGCAAAAGACGAUUCAUUGCAGAUUUGAGUCAAUAUCGUGAAUAAUUAUUAUUGUCAGAGUUAAAGUCAAAGCCUUAUCACAGGUCAAACAUCCAAAAAUAAAUUAAUAAAGAAAUCAAUAAUCUCAGCUGGGUGGGUGUCAUUCUCGACGAAUUUUCUAUUUCAAUGAAAUGAAAGCGGCUUUUUGCUAUUAUCGCUUUACAAUGGCCUGAGAGUUGAACUACAGCAAUUAAAAUUGUUUGUAUACCUGCCUACUUGAGUCUUGAAUUUCAUUUUAACAAAUAUGUCACUGUCAUUCUUCACCCUCAAAAAUUAUCUAAGAAGCCAAAAUAAUUUAUUAAUUUGUGUGAAUCCUUCCUGGCUUUCUAGUUAGCAUGGUAGGCAUUUUAACUGGAAAUUACGAUGGUAAAGAUUUCAGGUAUUAGAAUGGCAAAAUUUCAAGCUUGCUCCUGUAUGAGGUCUUAGAAAAUCAGUGCCAAAGGUGGUUCCAAAAUACUUUUACUGUUAAUCAUUAGAGCUCAAAAAAAAAAAAAAAAAAAAUUUGGCUCUAAUUGAAAUUUUUGGAACUUCUUGGCUUUGUUUUCCCCGCGAAAUGGUGUGGACCCAGCCCCAUUUCUCCACCUUGUUACACACUUUUUUGUCGAGUACUAAUGCCAAUUGAAAGUAAGUCCCAAUUGAAUGUAUUUAUGCCAAAAGGAGCUAUAUGAAGAUAAAAUAGUUAUAAAGAACUGUAGACAACACAAUGCCUAUGCACAUAUUGAUGGGGAAAGUGCAAAACCAUGUGUCUUUGUUUGCGAUGCAGCAAAAUUCCUGUUGCACAUUAUUUUACUGUCAGAAAACUAUUCCAAGUAAUUUCUCGAAAACUUCCUCGAGUUCUCUUCUCUGUUAGCAGAAUAAUCUGUUUAAAUGUCAAGCUACAUAUAAAGUUAGCUUGUUGCUCUUCGAGAAAAUAUUGUAGGAGUGGAAAUUUUGAAACAAUGCAAUGGAGAUUUGUAGUUUUGCACUUUGGUGAUCGAUAUAUUUCCUUUUGGUUUAAUUGGUUUAUGCAUACUUCUUUUUAGCAUAAGUAAGCCCAAUUGCACUAAAUUUAUGUAAAUGUUUUUCAGUUGAAGAUCAAAGAAACAGAGCUUUUGAAGUGUUAAAGAAAAUGAACAUCUAGGUGCCUUGGUCAUGCAUGCUUGGAUGAAGUUAGUUUUGACUGUACAUGCAAGCUACUUUCUUCUCCUUCUCGCAGUAUAAAUUUACCUUUUCUGUUCAUAAAUGUCCGAUCUAGCUGUAAGUUAACCGUAAGUGCAAGUUGUAAAGUCUACUAUCUUUGGUUAUUAAAUGAAAGUUUUGUUUUCUAAA